GUAUCUCUCCUGAAGAAAUGAAUUGAAAUACUCACAAAACAUGGGAAACGAACCCACGAAGGACGCGACACCAAUUUGGAAUCUGAGUCGAACAUUCUAUUAUCCUUUAUCUGUAUCUUAAACUAUACAAAUUGAAAAUUUCCGCCUUUCUAUAUGUGAUUCAAGCAUGAUAUAGGGUGCGGUCCAUCAAUCGCUACAAAUGCUUCGAAGCGUUUUUACUUCUUUCUCUUUCUUCGUUUGCAUCCGAGAAAUUAACGAGAAAGAGAAACGUUUCAAAGCAUUUGUAGCGGUUGCUGGACCGCAUUCAAAAAUGAUUAGUAGUUGGAUAAACUUUUCAUAGCAAAGGAGGCGGAACAACGGAUCUGAUUGGUUACGCCAUAUUGUUAGCGCCAUUUUGACAAUCGAAUAAAUAUGUGCAAGUAUAUCAACUACAUGCUGUACAUUUAAUGCUUCUCUCUUGUAUUUGCUGGCUUUACCCGGCACAAAAUAAGAGUAAUAAUAAAGAAAUAAAUAAGAUAAACCAAGAUGCAGACUGACGUUACGACAAAUGCACGUAAAAGAAAUAAACACUUCGCGAAUCAUUACAAGAAUCAUAAGAAACGUAAGUUAUUUACGAUAGAACCAGGUAUGACAGGAUUUUUAUGCACGUGCAAUUUUAACGAGAAAGGCUGUAUAACUGAUGCCUACAAAUUGCUUAAUCAGUUUGCAGAUGAGAAUACCACGUCAGAGAUGAUAAAGGAAUCUGAAAUAUCAGAUACAUCAAGUACAUUCAAUAAAAAAGAAGCUGAUAAAUCUUCCUCAGAUCUUGACGAAGAAGAAGAUAUAUCAACAGCUCUUGAAAAAGAAAUUGAUGAACUUAAAACAAAAUAUGACAUGCCACUGUCUUCUCGAAGAUUUCAGGUAGUAGAUACAGGUGUUAAAAACAUGAUUUUUGUAAGAAGUACUUUAUCAAAACCAUUAGAACUAGUAACCAAUAUUGUCACAGAAUUGGACACAAGUAAGAAACAAUGCACAAGAUAUUUAUUGAGAUUACUCCCAAUUGAAGUAGUAUGCAAAGCAUAUAUGGAUGAUAUAAGGACAAAAGCUAGUAUAUUAUUUGAAAAGUACUUUUCUCAGGAGCCUAAGACAUUUAGCAUUGUGUUUAACCGUCAUAGUAAUAAUAGCAUUAAAAGAAAUGAAAUUAUUGAAGACUUAGCAGAAAUAAUUUCAAAGAAAAAUCCAGGAAAUAAAGCUGACUUGAAGAAUCCAGAGAUAGCUGUGGUUGUUGAAGUGAUACGAGGACUUUGUUUACUAUCUAUUGCUCCUAAUUAUUAUAAAUUUAAAAAAUAUAAUCUGAUUGAAAUAUGCAGCAGUACAAAAAAUAAGGAAAUGAAAAGUGAUGAAACAAAGGAAGAUAAAAUUAAAGAUCCUUAGAAUACCUUGAAAUAUUCAAGAGAAGAAGGUAAUAAACUAACAAAUACAAAAAUUUUCAAAGAGAUCAAGUACAAUUACAUUAAGUAUGCGAGAAAUAAAAAAAAGUUUAUUAAUUAAAAUAAAAACUUCCAUAUACAAAUGGAAGAAAUGGAUUUAGUUUAAUGCUUAAAUCUACUUAU